AUGAGCGAGGGACGCUAUGUGCGGAUCUGCAAGGUUGGCGAAGGCACCUACGGCCAAGUCUACAAAGCACAAGACCGACAGAACAGCCAAAUUGUCGCCAUCAAGGCCAUCACGCUCAAUGGAGGCGCAGAGGGCGUCCCAAGCAACGCUGUUCGCGAGAUUUCCCUGCUCAAAAGGCUAGACCACCCCAACAUCGUGCGCUUGUUGGACGUGCUGUACUCGCAGACGCGCCUGAUGAUGGUGUUUGAGUUUUGUGACCAGGACUUGAAGCAGUUCCUUUCCCACAAACCAAUCCAGCACGACCCCAACCUGGCCCAGACGAUCAUGUUCCAGCUCCUGCGCGCUGUUGCAUACAUCCAUUCACAACACAUUCUCCACCGAGACCUCAAGCCACAAAACAUCCUCCUCGACAGGAAGGGCCGCCUGAAGCUCGCCGACUUUGGCCUCGCUCGACCCAUUGGCGUGCCCGUCUCCAAAUACACUGCCGAUGUUGUGACGUUGUGGUACCGAGCGCCCGACGUGCUGCUCGGAUCAGAGCACUAUGGGCCGUGCAUCGACCUCUGGUCAACUGGCGUCAUCUUCGCCGAGGUGCUGACUGGGCAGCCGCCGUUCCAGGGCAACUCGAUCAACGAGCAGCUGCUGCUCAUCUUCGACAUGCUCGGCACCCCACCGCCAUCGUGGGACAUGCGUCAGUACGAGCGCUACAAGGACUUUGCCCCCGUCCUGUCCAUGCGCCACAUCCCGGCCACAAGCGUGGGCCUGGAGACGUUUCUCUCGCGGGCUGCACCGGUGGCAGUGGACCUGGUCAAGGCGCUGCUGCGGUACAACCCGGACGCGCGCAUCACGGCGGAGGCGGCGAUGGAGCACGAGUUCUUCGCGCCGCUUGUUGCCGCCGUCAAGGAAAGCAAGAAGUCUCGCAAGCCAAAGUGGCAUAAGAGGAGCAAGGAUGCACACGCACAGCAGGCACACGCACAGCAAGCACACGCACAGGUGCAGCCGCAGGCGUCUUCUGCACACCACCCUCCACACCAGCAGCAACAACAACAACAGCAGCAGCAGCAGCAGCAGCAGCAGCAGCAGCAGCAGCAGCAGCAGCAGUACUUGCCACAACCACAACACGAGCAGCACCAACAACUCUUUCAAGCACAGCCGCAGCCCCAGCAGUUUCAGUACCACCACCACUACGAGCAACAACAACAGCAGCAGCAGCAGCAGCAGCCACAGCCUGGCGACGGUGACGGCAAUGCUGCGAUGAUGAUGUCUGGCAUCGAGCAGCCGUCGCACCCGCACGUCCACGCCCACCAGCACCUCCCGCCGCCGCCAAUGCCGCCAAUGCCGCAUUUCAACCCGCACGAGUACGUGCAACAGCAGUAUCAUCAGCCAUUGUCGCAGUUCCACGAGCAGAUUCAGCAGCCGUCACAGCCGCCCCAGCACCCACAACACUUGUUUGGCGAGGGCAUGUACAAGCACGAUCAGCAGCAUCACCAGUAACAGCGCCAAUGCUGCGUGCGGUUUGCGCCGCUUGUGCACUGCAGCUGACAGUUCUCUUUCCUUCUGGAAGCAUUAGCGUCACCGCAAAACCCUUUCUCGCUCUUGCACGUCAUGCAUGCACUACGCAAUGUGCAUGUUCGCGCAUGUCGAUGGACACACACACACACACACACACACACACACACACACACACACACACA